AUGCAGCAGCCUUGGAAACGUCUUCCCCGAGAGGAGAUUGUCCCAGUUGUCUCUUCGAAAGACUAUGUACUUCAGUACACUAAGGACUCUGGUAAACGGCGGUGGAUCACCUUGUCAGCUUGUUCCCUAUACUUGAAUGGAUCACUAGAUAUGCUCCCAGAUCUUGAAUGGCUUACCGGUGACCUUAUCACCAGUCUUACUAUUGGGAUGGUUAUUGUUCCUCAGAGCAUGUCCCACGCUCAGAUUGCGACCCUCGAUCCUGAAUAUGGACUAUAUUCUUCUUUCGUUGGUGUAUUGAUAUACAGUUUCUUUGCAACUUCGAAAGACGUGUCCGUUGGUAACGUUGCCGUCAUGUCCUCGACUGUCUCCGAGAUUAUCAAUAUUAUAGCUGGUCAAGCCUGGAUUGAUGGGUAUCACCGUUCCGAUACGCACGCGGCCACUUACAAAGUUAUUAUAAACACCUUGAAGGGACUGCUGAAUACCAAGCUCGAUGCCGCCUGGGGACUGACCGGACUGGUCGUAUUAUACUCCAUCCGUAUGGGGAGCUACCCGAUCAAGAUCUUAAAGAUCGUUAGACACGCCGGUCAGCCUGACAUCGACCCAGACCUUGUUUCUGCUCUAACUACCAAGCUUCCUAUUGCAGUUAUCAUUCUAUUACUGGAGCACGUCGCCAUUGCAACCUUCGGACGCUUGAACGGUUACAAAACCAACCCCAAUCAAGAACCUAUCGCCAUAGGAGUUACGAACAUUGUGGGCUGUUGCUUUGGUGUGUACCCUGCUACUGGCUCUUUUUCUCGCUCUGCUUUGAAAUCGAAGUCAGGCGUAAGAACCCCCGCUACCGGCAUCAUCACUGCAAUUGUCGUGAUCGGUGGCAUUGUAUGGCCAGACGUCUGUGUUCUACCAGAUUUCCACUGCUGGUCUUUCUGCUAUGACACUGUUUUCAUUAGGCCCCUCACGACGGAAGAGCAAACAAAGCUACAUCAAGUAGAACUAGACCUUGAAGUCUCUCCGACGUGGUCUUGUCAGCAAUGUUCUGAAUUCUUGGAGCGCUGGUCAACCCAUGGCACUAUGAGUUGGCACGUUCAACAUGUCCAGGGUAUCGACGAGUCUGUAGUCGAGAGAGACAUGUUCGUUGGGCCUGGCUUUACCCAUAAAAGGUGUCACAUGGCUUUGCGUGCACUAGAGUUUGAGAAGCCUCCUUGA